UCGUUAAAUCGCGAUUAUUAUACGCGUGUGUGAGUCGUAUAAAAAGAUACGGAAUAAAUAAAUAAAUAAAUAAAUAAAUAAAUAAAUAAGUAAAUAAAUAAUCGAAUGAAAUAAAAUAAAAUAAAAUAAAAAAACGACAAAUUAUCAUAGAAAAAUUUCGGUGAAAUUAAACGAAUAAAAACGAUAAUGUUCGAAUAAAAACUGUUGUAAUAAAAAAGAAAAAAGAAACAAAAAUAUGUGUAGCAAGCACGAGAAUAGUCUAAGUGAAAUUCGUUUAUCUUCGUUGAUCUUGUGAAUUUUUCUUCAAGUGGACCAAGAAGUGAGAAAAUGGCUAAGAACGGGAACUGUCGAGUGCAAGUGAAAAUUGGCGAAGUUCCCCAUAACGUGGAUGUCCAAUUACAUUCAACCAAGACUGAACUCACGACUGAGAUCAAAGAGAAACGCUGUCAAAUGCAGAAGAAACGUGGAACGUCAGAAUUUCGCCAGGAGGAUGAAAUAUUCGUUGCAACAUGUGAGAAACAAGACCAGAGAAUACACAAAGAGCAACAACAACAACAACAACAGCAGCAGCAGCAGCAGCAACAGACUCAUUCGCAACAUUAUUCGAUGACAACGACGAUAACGACAACGACUACGACGACGGAUAUACAGCAGGUUGAUAGAUUCGAAUCGAGUUCAGAUAUGUCUGGUUCGACUUUUAGCAGUCAGAGGGUUUACAAGAAGUCCUCACCGAACAGCAAAUUAACUCUCUACCUUGCCAGUAGAGAUCUUAUCGUUAGCGAUGCGAAAAUAGACAAGUUACAAGGUGUUCUAUUGGUUGACCCAGAAUAUCUUCAACAAAAGAGAGUAUACGGUCAAAUAACGCUGACUUUUCGUUAUGGUAGAGAGGAUGAGGAAGUAAUGGGCCUAAAAUUUUGCAACGAGGCGGUUAUGUGUGUCUCCCAACUUUAUCCACCAUAUUCGGGACCUGAUCAUCACGAGGUUGUAACACCUUUACAGGAUGCUCUGGUAAAGAGAUUGGGAUCGAACGCUUACGCAUUCACCAUGGAAAUUACAUCCUUAGCACCGCCAUCCGUGCAAUUGGUACCUGCUAAGGAAUAUACUGGCGCACCCAUCGGAACGAGUUACGACGUUAAAGCUUACGUGGCUGAUCGAUCCGACGAUAAGUUGCAUCAAAAAUCAACCGUUAGAAUGGGCAUUAGAGUGAUUCAACGAACGACGAAACCACCCUUACCAUGUUUUACGAUGUAUAGUGUACCUACAUCAACGAUGAUACCAUCAAGGAUUCAAAUUAACAAACCAAGAUUCUCGUUCGCUACCAAUGAAAUCCUCGAGGACGAGGAAAAUAUAGGACCACAAGCAGCCAUCGAAAAACCAUUUAUAUUGAGCGAUGGACGUGUCGGUUUAGAAGCAAGAUUAGAUCGAGCAAUUUAUGCCCAUGGGGAUUCUAUAACUGUCCACGUCAAUGUUAACAAUAAUAGUAGCAAAUCCGUCAGACGAAUUAAGGUUUUCGUCGUUCAACACGUCGACGUUUGUAUGUUCAGUAAUGGUAAAUUUAAAAACGUGGUAGCACUUGUAUCUUCUCAAGAGGGUUGCCCUAUAGGGCCAGGGUCUAGUUUAAAAAAAUGUUACACUUUGAAACCCAUCAAAGGAUCCAGUAAAAAUUGGAUUGCUUUGGAAGAUAGUUAUACCAAAGCUGGUGCUACCUUAGCUUCUACAAUCGUUUGUCCUGGAAAUGGACCAGAAGAUCGAAAUGUUUUUGCUAUUUACGUAUCCUAUUACGUGAAGGUAAAACUGAUAAUCUCAACGAUAGGCGGUGACGUUUCUUUAAAAUUACCGUUCACUUUAACUCAUACUAAUACCGAUCCAGAUCUUGUUGGGUUUCCAUCGCCGGUUAGAGAAAUUUCGAAACCUUUGCGAAAGAUGGAGGAUAUAAACGAAUAUCCAGAUAAGUAUGAUUGUAAUCAAACGAAGAACAAGGAAUCGAAAUUGACGACUAUUCAGGAAAAAGAAAAACAAUCAAAAAUCACCGACGUUGAUCUUAUAGAACGUUGUGACGAGGAGGACAGUACCUGAGAGCAGGUUAAAUGUGACGAGAAGCUAAAAACGACAGAUCUGAAAUCUCGACAAUCUAAAAAGAAUAAUAACGAAGCUAAAAAUAUAAACUUGAAGAAUACAAAUCAAAAAACCUGUAAGUUAGGCUUCAGUAUACAAAGAGCUUGGUGCUGUUUCAGAAGAGCUUCUUAGUGCGUCUUGCAUUUGUAAGAACGUUUGAGAUAAUAGAUGGAAAUAAAAAAGCGGAGUGCGUGUUGAUUACGAAUCAUAUUGAAGAUGAUUCGAGAAAAUAAAUAUAUUUUGAAGGUACAAUUUCACACUCCCAAAAAGGUUUCUUCAUUUGUCGUGACUCUAUCGACUGAUUUUGAAUUAUCAUUCUAUGGUACAAGGAAUCUGAAACUUUCUUUACUCUUAACUUUCUUAUUAACGUUAUAUAUGUAUGUGUGUAUGUAUGUAUGUAUGUAUGUAUGUAUGUAUGUAUGUAUGUAUGUAUGUAUGUAUGUAUGUAUGUAUGUAUGUAUAACAUUAUCAGUUUGAUAUAUACAAAGCUGGCAAUAUUUGGAGAAACAAAAACAUCUUACAUUCAAAUAGAGAAAGUUUCAUGGAAACAACAAAAAAAUAUGUCAAUUGAUCCUACAAAAUCACAGUUUUUAGGAAAAUAAAAUUCAUGAUGCAGAGAAUAGUUAUUCUAUAAUUAUAAAAUGAUGAAUAUAAAUACAUAUAAAAGUAAAUAUGAAAUUAUUGGUGGGACUUCUGAAUGUUUAGCACAUACAUUCGUACUACUAUGUAAAUUUUUGGAACUAAUUAAAAAUAUCAACUGCCAGUCUAAAUACUUGGAAUUAAAAGUUACUAUGUUUUUUCAAGAUACUAUCAUUGCAGAAAAAAGGGAAUAAUAUAGACAUUCCAUCAAAGCUAUUUAUUAAGACAAAAAAAAUUAAAAAGAAAAUGAAAAUUCCACAACUGUAUUUUUCUUAAGCAAAUGUAUGUAGAAAUUAUUUUGUAGCCUUUUCAUAAAUACAAUUUUCAAACGCGUCAGCACGUUUUAUAUGUGUAUAAAAAAUAUUAUUGAGAAACAUUAAUCUUAUAGCUUUAAAAAAAUCUUUUAUC